UACAUAGUGAAAGAGACUCGCUCCCUUCUUUCAUAACUGUUGAACGUUUUAGUUUCUUUACUAUUUCUCCGUGCGCUCUUGAGAUGUUGGCUACCAUAAAGAACAUUUCCGUAACCUACGACGGUAUGGGCCAAACCUUUAGCAGCGGCGACUUCAUUUCGGGGCGAAUAACGUUGGAAUUAGGAAAAGAUUGCAAAAUAGAUAAUCUUUCCAUAAAAGCAAAGGGAAAGUCAGAAGUCCGUUGGACAGAACAUCGUAAGCAGACAACUGUAACUUACCAUUCCAAGGACAAGAUGUUCAGCAUUGAACAAUUUAUCAUUCGAGAACAAAAAGGCCAAGAUUGUAAUGUCGUAGCUCCUGGAACUCACGUUUACCCAUUCACAUUUCAGAUCCCUCAACAAGCAAUGCCAUCAUCCUUUAAAGGCGCCUGGGGGAAAAUCCUGUAUACGUUAGAGGCCAAGUUGAGCAGAUCAAUGAGGAUAUGCAGCAAAGCCAGGGCUGAGUUCCCCUUUGUCUCCAAGGCAGACCUGGGCAGCAUCCCUGAGCUGAUGAUGCCUCAGCAUGGAACCAAGGAUAAAAAGAUGAAGUUAUUCACCUCAGGAAAAGUGGGAAUGGACAUUCACAUAGAGAGAAUGGGCUACUACUUAGGUGAAGACCUAAAGGUUGUGGCAUCCAUUGAGAAUAGCUCCUCUCGUGAGAUCAAGCCCAAGUACACCCUGUACCAGAAGGACAGCUUCUUUGCGGGGGGAAAGAGGAGGGUGUCCACCAAAGAAAUCCUGAAAGAGCUGGGAGAGCCCAUCCCGCCAUCUGGGAAACUGAAAGUCACUAAAGUCCUUAAAAUCCCACAACACAUUGUUCCAUCCAUCUUCACCUGUAGUAAUAUUAAAUGCGAGUACAGGCUGAAGAUUGUCCUGGAUGUUCCCUAUGCCAGAGACCCAGAAAUCAAAUUGCCACUGGUCAUCCUCCCUGCAACUCAAACGCCUGGACUGCAGCCGCCACCUUACUCUGACUUUGGCUUUGACUCGUUCGGGAAUGCAAACCAACCCGGAUGGAACAGCACACCACAAUUUCCAGGAGCCUAUCCACCAACGGCCCCAGGAGCCUAUCCACCAACGGCCCCAGGAGCCUAUCCACCAACGGCCCCAGGAGCCUAUCCACCAACGGCCCCAGGAGCCUAUCCACCAACGGCCCCAGGAGCCUAUCCACCAAUGGCCCCAGGAGCUUUAGCGCCUCCCCCAGCCUACGGAACGUACCCAUCCCUGUCUGAUUUUGGUGGUAAAUCCUAGUGGGAGAAAAGAUAAGAGGGUAAAAAUAUAACAAAUGAAUGCAUUGUAUAUGAUAAAUGCGCAGUUCUCUAUCUCUUUAGACUUCCAUUUAUACUUCUGUUGUUGAUGUUUCUUGUCAUUGACAUGACAACGUGUGUAACUUCAAUAUCUUUGUGGAAAUGCCAACUAUGAAUAAUGAAAUGGAACAAAGUUCUGCUUUGAAUAUUGCUGUUACGAAUGUAACGAUGAAUGUUCUAAUUUCAUGGUGGUGCUGAUAUUCUAAUAAAAAAUCUCUCAUAUAUAUAUAUAUAUAUAUAUAUAUAUAUAUAUAUAUAUAUAUAUAUAUAUUUAUAUAUUAUAAUAGUAAAAAUUGCAAUUUCCAAAUAAGUACAGUGAAAUAAAAAGCAGGAACGUCCACGAUGAUAAUAGGCUACUGGUCCAUUUUUUUUUAUGAUGAGAUACAUAAAACCAGGAACACCAACUAAAUACCACACCCUAUGCAUACAUAAACCUUAUAUAGGCCUUUAUAACUUUUUAUUUGAUGGAGAAGAAUCAGAGUUAUGCUGUCACAAGUAUUGGAAAAUUAAUCAGAUGUGACUUUAAUGAUGACAUUGCAAAUAUUGUGGGCGUAGGACUACUUAUUGUCCCCGCCUUUUGUAAAUACAGACCUCCUCCCUUACUAUGUUAUAUUAAAGACCGUUGUGAGCCCAGAAGAAGAGGAAAGUCCACACCCACAACAUCUUGAAAGAGAAGGGCGAUCAGGUCCCUGCUGGCACUCGGCAGACGGUGACCCAAGUUUUGACCACCCUCCACAACUCCCUGCCACCAUCUUCAACUGUCCUAUACUCAAAUUAGAGUACCGAUUGAAGGUAGCUACCUACAUAUGUGAUAGGAUGAAUCUGAACUGCAAAGCUCCAGACACUAAAUUAACAACUAUAUUUUAUGUUUCCAAUUAUUCAAACAAACCUUUUGUAACACUUGUUGCGUUUCUAUUCUUUCAGGUCGUUCUUGAUGUUAAACUGGCCAUAGACCCUGAGAUCAAGCUACCUAUCGUUGUUCUUACUGCAACUCAAACUCUUGGACAGGAACCCCCACCUUACUCCAGUUUUGGUUUUGAGUCAUAAGUCCCAAAUGCAUCUGAGCUACCACCCCCCCCCCUACGAAAUGUUUGCUUCCUCAUCAAAUUUCUAUAGAAAAUUGUAGAGGCAUGGAGAUUCUCAAUUGGGCGCAAAAGUCUGUCCUCUACUCAACUCCUCCAUCCUCCUCUUCCAUGCCCCAGAGGCCGAUAAGGGGUCACCAUAUAUAGGAGAGGGUCAAUUAGUUAAUAAGGGAACGGAGGAGUUUCAUCCUCUCCUUGAUAGCCUCCUCUCUGGCCAAGGAUAUUGAGAUGUAUCCUACCAGUGUACUACAUGGAAGAGGUUUGAAAUGCGCCACACCCCCUUUGAAACCGUUGUUGUUUUGUCAGAGAAAAGCAUGUACCUUUAAAUACAAUAUGCUACCUAUCAUUUUAUCUAUAAAACACCCCUCUAGUACCGGGUCGGACCCCCACUUUGCCUUCAGAACAGCCUGAAUGGAUGCACCGUAUCAGCAACAAUGUUUAAAUACGCUGUGGCGUUGAACCGGUGCUAAUUUGUUUGUCUGUUUGUGGCCCAUCUGUUAGCUUGCACGAUUCUUGCCAUUCUCCUUCGAUCUCUCUCAUCAACGAGCUGGUUUCACCCACAGGACUGCAGCUGACUGAAUGUUUUUUUUUGUCGCACCAUUGUUGGUAAACCCAAGACACUGUCGUGUGGAAAAAGCCCAGGAGGGUGGCCAUUUCUUCGAUAUUGGAUCCGGCGCACCGAUGUUGAUACCACGCUCAAAGUCGCAUACGUCACUCGUUUUGCCCAUUCUAAUGAUCGAACAGAAACUGAAAGCCUCGAUGCCUGUCUGGUGUACUUAAUAAACUGGCCAGUGAGCGUAUAUAUUAAAAGUCUAAUUUCAUACCAGCGUAUUUGUUUUCAAGUUUCCUCUCCUUGCCUCGAUUACCUUUGACCUUUUUCAAAAAGAGGGGAAGAGAGGACAGAGGAGAUGACGUGAGGAAUUAAGCAAAUUCUAUUGAUAUUCUCCUGGAUAAAGUAAGAUGAAGGGUGAAGAAUUUCAGAAGAAUUAGAAUUGAUUGUCUAACCAUUUCCUCCUUGACUUUUAUUGGUCUUUUUUUGUAUAUGCAUGCAUGACUGUACGUUGCUUUGGAUGACAGCUUCUGCUAAAUGGCAUAUUAUAUUAUCAAUAUUAUUUAGCAUCUAUACUUAUUGCUAAUUUACCUGCCUUGAUGUGAAAUGUGUGCAUGUUGCCUUAGAAAAUAAUAAAAAGCACUAUACAAAUAAAAUAUUAUUUAUUACCAUGUCCAAUGAUCAGCAGUAUCCCCAAACAGUACAGAAAAGCUAGGAUUAACCACUGAAGACUCAUGUGCUGUCACGCCCUGGUCGAAGUAUUUUGUGUUUAUCUUUAUGUAUCGGGUCAGGCCAGGGUGUGGCAUGGGGUUUUUGUAUUGUGGUGUGUUUUGUCUUGGGGUUUUGGUAUAUAGUGGGAUUGUAGCUAGUGGGGUGAUCUAGCAGAGUCUAUGGCUGUCUGGAGUGGUUCUCAAUCAGAGUCAGGUGUUUAUCGUUGUCUCUGAUUGGGAACCAUAUUCAGGCAGCCAUAUUAUUUGGUUGUGUUGUGGGUGAUUGUCCUUAGUGUCCUGAUGUCCUUGUUCUGUGUUAGUUGACACAAGUAUAGGCUGUUUUCGGUUUUCGUUACGUUUAUUGUUUUUGUAGUGUUUUGUAUUGAUUCGUGUUUACAUGUGUUUUUUCCAUUAAACAUGGAUCGCAAAUCUACACGCUG